AUGGAUGGCUGCCGGUCUUCUCUUUCUCUGCUUCUUGGUCUGAGCUUUGGACUCUGGGAUGGAGCUGAUGCAUGUCAACUGAAAGCUAUUACAGAGGUUGACUGCCCUCCUGGUUGGACUUGGUUUGAACGUCGCUGUUAUAUAUUUGUGAAGGUUAAAAAGUCCUGGGCUGAAGCAGAGAACGACUGCCUCUCAAUGAAUGGAAACCUGGCCUCAUUCCACUCUUCAAAUGACUACUACUUCCUCAAACACCUUGUCUACAGGACAACUGGCAAAGAUACAAGAAGUUGGAUUGGAGGUCAUAGUGCAUUGAUUGAAGGCAUCUGGUUUUGGAGUGAUGGCUCCAAGUUUGUGUUUAAUUCCUGGACCCGAAAUAACACAUCGGAUGGGAAAAGAUGCAUGGACAUCAACAUAGCAGGACAGACACUUUUGUCUGGUGCUGACUGUUACACGACGCUUCCCUACAUCUGUGCCAGAGACCCAUGACUUUUCUCUUCUGAUGCCAAAUAAUCUGAACUGUAUGUCUGUCCUACUGGUGAUGUCAAGCCUCAAUGACAUCAGUGCAGGAAGAACCUGAUUUCACUUCAUAAAUGAUUUCACUGAAAUAAAUGUUUUCUUUCUCUGAAA